AUGGAUUCUUUCUGCUUUGCGCUGUUACUGAGUUCUUUAGCGGGGCUUUGUCUGGGCAUUGAGUUUACCGGAGCACCAGGACUGUGGACCCGCUAUGCACGUUGGGAUGCAAGCACCAGGAGUGAUCUCAGUUUCCAGUUCAAAACCGAGCUCUCCACUGCUCUGAUGCUCUAUUUCGACGACGGAGGAUACUGCGAUUUUGUGCAGCUGAUGAUAGUGGAGGGGAAAAUUCAGCUGAAGUUGAGCAUUGAUUGCUUUGAGACUGAGAUCAAUAUGGAUAAGCUGGUGAAUGAUGACAAAUGGCACUUUCUCAUGAUAUCCCGCAAUAACCUGAGAACAGUUCUCGUGUUGGACGGAGAAACGAAGUCGGCCGAAGUCAAGCCACAGCGGCAGUACAUGAAGAUUGUAAGUGAUCUGUUCAUAGGAGGCAUCCCACAGGAUAUUCGGAAGUCGGCAUUAACUUUGAAUGCGGUGCAAAGCAAGCCUCCUUUUAAGGGAUUUAUCGAAGACUUGAAAUAUGGGGACUCUGCACCGGUGCUGUUGGGGAGUCAGUUCGUGAAGCUGGUUAAGGAAGGCAUUUGCACCGAAAGUCCAUGUGAAAAUGGUGGGAUUUGCUCUUUGAUCGAAGGGGAAGUCACCUGUGACUGUUCUAGCACAGGAUAUACGGGGAGGUACUGCACUGAAGAAGUCAACCGUGUGCCAGGUUUCUCACAUCUGAUGAUGGGCGAGCAAGGUAGAAGUAAAGCCAGGGAAGACAACUCUGCAACAUUCCGAGGAUCGGAGUACUUCUGUUAUGACCUGUCGCAGAACCCCAUCCAGAGCAGCAGCGAUGAGAUCACCUUGUCUUUCAGGACCUGGCAGCGGAAUGGGCUGAUCCUGCACACAGGGAAGUCAGCUGACUAUGUAAACCUAGCGCUGAAAGACGGAGCAGUUUCACUAGUCAUUAACCUGGGAUCUGGUGCUUUUGAGGCGUUGGUUGAACCAGUAAAUGGGAAGUUCAAUGACAACGCCUGGCACGAUGUCAAAGUGACACGCAAUCUGCGACAGGUCACCAUUUCAGUGGACGGUAUCCUCACUACGACGGGUUAUACCCAAGAAGACUACACCAUGCUGGGGUCUGAUGACUUCUUCUACGUUGGUGGAAGUCCUAGUACAGCAGAUCUGCCUGGCUCUCCUGUCAGCAACAACUUCAUGGGAUGCCUCAGAGAGGUUGUUUAUAAAAACAAUGACAUCAGACUAGAGCUGUCACGCCUGGCAAGAAUUAAGGAUCCGAAAAUGAAGAUCCACGGCGAUGUUGUGUUCAAGUGUGAAAAUGUCGCCACCUUGGACCCCAUAUCAUUUGAGACGCCGGAAGCAUACAUUAGCUUGCCGAAAUGGAACACCAAGAAAAUGGGUUCAAUUUCUUUUGACUUCCGUACGUCGGAGCCCAAUGGCCUCAUUUUGUUCACGCAUGGGAAGCCCCAGGAACGGAAAGACAUGAGGAGCCCGAAGAAAACCAAAGUGGACUUCUUUGCCGUUGAACUCCUUGACGGGAACCUGUUCUUGCUCCUGGACAUGGGAUCUGGUGCGAUAAAAAUUAAAUCAACCACCAGGAAGGUGAAUGACGGGGAAUGGUAUCAUGUGGACAUCCAACGAGAUGGGAGAUCAGGUACUAUAUCGGUGAAUAGUCGACGCACGCCAUUCACAGCAAGUGGGGACAGUGAGAUUCUCGACCUGGAAGGAGACAUGUACCUUGGCGGACUGCCAGACAACAGAAUGGGUUCCAUCCUGCCCACAGAACUCUGGACAGCCAUGCUCAACUAUGGCUACGUCGGCUGUAUCAGGGACUUGUUCAUUGACGGCAGGAGCAAAGACAUCCGACAGCUAGCUGAGGCACAGAACGCCGCUGGGGUCAAGCCGUCUUGCUUGCGAGUGAGCAGUAAACACUGUGACAGCAACCCUUGUAAGAACAAUGCCGUGUGCAGAGAAGGUUGGAACAGGUUCAUUUGUGACUGCACGGUCUUGGGCUACUGGGGAAGAACGUGUGAAAGAGAGGCAUCCAUUCUCAGCUACGAUGGCAGCAUGUACCUGAAGAUAGUCAUGCCCUGGGUAAUGCACACAGAAGCCGAAGAUGUUUCCCUCCGCUUCAUGUCCCAGCGAGCUUAUGGCUUACUCGUGGCCACGACCUCGAGGGAUUCGGCUGACACACUUCGCUUGGAGCUUGACGGAGGCCGAGUGAAGUUGACAGUCAACUUAGACUGUAUCAGGAUUAACUGUAACUCCAGUAAAGGACCAGAGACACUUUAUGCUGGACAGAAGCUAAAUGAUAAUGACUGGCAUGCAGUCAGAGUGGUUCGUCGAGGUAAACAUUUAAAGUUGAUGGUCGAUGAAGUCACUGCAGAAGGUCAAAUGCUUGGUGACCACACACGGCUGGAAUUCCACAACAUUGAGACUGGGAUAAUGACCGAGCGACGCUUCAUCUCUGUGGCUCCAUCCAGUUUCAUUGGGCACCUCCAGAGCCUGAUGUUCAAUGGGAUGAUGUACAUUGACCUGUGCAAAAAUGGGGACAUCGAAUACUGCGAGAUCAACGCCAGGUUCGGCAUGAGGUCCAUCAUCGCAGAUCCAGUCACUUUCAAAACGAAGAACAGCUAUUUGACCCUGGCCACCCUCCACGCAUACACGUCCAUGCAUCUCUUCUUCCAGUUCAAGACUACUUCUCCCGACGGAUUCAUCCUCUUCAACAGCGGAGACGGCAAUGACUUCAUUGCAGUGGAAUUAGUCAAAGGAUAUAUCCAUUACGUGUUUGACCUGGGGAACGGACCCAAUGUUAUCAAGGGGAACUCUGAAAAGGCCUUGAGUGACAAUCAGUGGCAUAACGUAGUGAUCACCAGGGACAAUAGCAACACUCACACACUGAAGGUGGAUGCUAAAUCUGUGACGCAAAUCAUCAAUGGUGCCAAGAACCUUGACCUCAAAGGUGUCCUAUACAUCGCUGGGCUGGCCCAAGGCAUGUACAGCAAUCUGCCGAAACUUGUUGCCUCCAGAGAUGGGUUUCAAGGUUGCUUGGCAUCUGUGGACCUCAAUGGAAGGCUGCCGGACCUGAUUCACGAUGCGCUACAUCGCAGUGGUCAAAUUGAACGUGGAUGUGAAGGUCCUAGCACAACUUGCCAAGAAGACUCCUGUACCAACUAUGGAAUCUGCAUCCAGCAGUGGGAGGGAUACACAUGUGACUGCUCCAUGACUUCAUACAGCGGCAGUCAAUGCAACGACCCUGGUACGACGUACAUAUUCGGCCGUGGAGGAGGGCUCAUAACCUACACUUGGCCAGCUAACGACCGGCCCAGCACUAGGACAGACCGCUUGGCUGUUGGAUUCAGCACGUCAGUGAAGGAUGCCAUCUUGGUGCGAGUGGACAGUGCUCCUGGUCUGGGCGACUUCCUUCAGCUUCACAUAGAACAAGGCAAGAUCAGUGUCGUCUUUAACGUGGGAACAGAAGAUAUUGUCAUCACGGAAUCCAGCAACGUGGUGAACGAUGGGAACUAUCAUCUGGUCCGCUUCACCAGGAACGGGGGCAACGCGACCCUUCAGGUGGACAACUGGGCUGUCAAUGAGUUCUAUCCUUCAGGAAACAUUGAUAAUGAACGCCUGGCGAUUGCUAAAACGAAAGUCCCCAAAAAAUUCAGAGGAAUAGUAUUUGAUGAGUGGCUACAAGAGAAAGGCCGCAUGCUCACCAUCUUCAACACCCAAGCCCUGAUCACCAUCGGGGGGAAGAACAGGAGCCGGCCGUUCCAAGGACAGAUGUCUGGUCUUUACUACAACGGCUUGAAGGUUCUCAACAUGGCGGCAGAGAGCCACCCCAAUGUCAAGGUCAACGGGACGGUGCGGCUGGUGGGAGACGUAUCCUCGGUGAUUGUCAACCGGCCGUCAGUGACCACCUUGCCUGCCGAAAUGUCCACCACCAUUAUGGCAACCACCACUACCAUGGCAACCACCACGGCCAGGAAGGUCCGGGGAACAAUGAAGGUCAACCCGGUCACCGAUGACUUGAUCGUGUCCUCAGCCGAAUGUGCCAGUGACGAUGAGGACCUCGAUGAGUGUGAGCCGAGCUCAGGAGGUGAAUUAGUUUUCCCAGUAGUGACAGAAGAACCUUUAGACACCCCUCCUCUUGGCACCCGUGCCCCUGUCAUCACCCUCCUCCCUACCUUCCGCCCCCUUCUCACCAUUAUUGAAAGCACCAAAGAUUCCCUGUCCAUGAUCCCUGAGGUUGGGUUGCCUUGCUUGCUGGACCAGGACACCGAUGAUUGUGAUGCUGGCUUGGUGAUAUCGGGUUAUGGCUCAGGGGAGGCGCUUGACUCUGACCUACCCCCUACUGAUGAUGAAGAUUUUCACACCACCUUGUCCUUGGUAACAGAUAAGACCUUGUCCACAUCGGCCUUCGAAGGUGGCUACAAAGCGCACGCACCCAAGUGGGAAUACAAGGACUUUAGAGCAAACAAACCGCCUGAAUCUGGUAGGACAGCCACCACUGACUCUCCCCCUGAGCUGACCAGCUCUUCGGUCUCCACACCGCCCAGGAAGCUGCCCAAGUUGCCCGCGGGCAAGCUGAAUACUCGUGAGCAGAAACCCCAGCCUGGCCUAGUGUUGUUUCCUUUACCCACCGGUUAUGAAGUAGACAACACCAAGUUGAAGAGCCCCUUAGUCACCUCACCCAUGUUCCGUAAUGUGCCCACAGCAAACCCCACCGAGCCGGGAGUACGAAGGGGCCCCGGGGCGUCGGAAGUGGUGCGUGAGUCCAGCAGCACUACGGGGAUGGUCGUGGGAAUAGUGGCCGCAGCGGCUCUGUGCAUCCUCAUCCUGCUCUACGCCAUGUACAAGUACCGCAACCGGGACGAAGGCUCGUACCAGGUGGACGAGACGCGGAACUACAUCAGCAACUCUGCACAGACCAACGGCACCGUGGUCAAGGAGAAGCCACAGGGUGCCAAAGGCGGCAGUAAGAAGCACAGAAACAAGGACAAAGAGUACUACGUGUAGCGAGCGGGGUGGACAAGCUAUCCCGAGUGGAAAAAAAAGCGAACCAGAACAGAGGAGACACAAAUAACAGAGAGAGAGUGAGAGAGAGAGAGAUGUAACACGGAGUGGUGCAAUCCUGCAACUCGACAUAGAUUUUAAACACACACAAAAAAAUAACUCUUUUGGGGAACAUUUUGGGAAAAAAAGACAAUCUCCAAACAGCCUGAUGGCUGAGAGAUAUGUGAUACGUACUGUGAUAUAAUUAUAACAGAGUGAAGCUGUUAAGUGCAUUAGAUAACGCGCGCGUACACAAACACACACACAAACACACAUACGCACACACACACACACUCACACACAUACACACACCCAUACACGGCCACCAUAGUGUCCAGAAGCUUUGGAUAUUGUGGUCCAAGGGAUUUCAAUCUCUACAAGACUCCACAGCUUUUUGUCGGUUUUGUACCCUGGAUGCGACUGUUAAGACUUUGUGACAUUUCGCAUUUUUCUGGAGGUUAUCUCAUUUGUUGUGAAGGCUGUGCACUUGAUUUUCUUUAAACCAUCUUUUUUCUCUUUGCCGUGUGGAGCAUGUGAUUGCGACAUAAUGUACAGACCAAGUCAGUGUCCCGCUGAGCGUGGACCACGGGAGAGACGGAGAGCUGAGGGAGGAGGGGGAGGUGGGGCGGCUGGUCGCGUGUGUGGGUGUGUGUGUGGGCGUGUGUGUGGGUGUGUGUGUGGGUGUGUGUGUGGGUGUGUGUGUGAGCGUGUGUGUGACCGUGUGUGUGAGCGUGCAUGAAUGCGGUGCGCGAUGUGUGUGUGGGUGGUGCGGUCAGCUUCUCUCUCUCUCGCUCCUCCACCUCCUCCUCCUCUCCCCUCCCCUCAGAGAACGGGACUUUGCCGUUUACCUUUGUACUGUUUCUACAUCUCGGAUCGUGGUGUCCACCUUAUGAUUUGCUGUCCGCAAUAAAAAAAAUUGUAUUAAGUAUAUGAACAUUUAAACGAAAAUAACAUAAAGACGAACAAAGCUAAAGUGGAAACACCCACAGAUCGGACAGGUCUUGAACUGAGGUGACCACCUUCUCGUUUAUGAGCUGUUUAUUGUACAACAUAUUACUCAUAGAGUGUGGUAGGUAGUUAUACAGCUGGCAAAAUCCAUGGCUGUGGUUCUGAGUUUCAGUAACUAACUGUGGUGCAUGCACAUUUAAAAAAAAUAAAAUUAACCACAUCAUAUACAAUAUGGUGUUCAAUUUUGAUGGGAACCAAUUAAUGGUAAUUCAUUGGCCAAACAUUCCGUUAGAGGUAUGAUUUUAUUUAUUUUAUUAGAUGUGUUUUGUUCCUCUCUCUUGUUCACUGUUAAAUCCCCCUUCUUCCACUCUGCCUGUUCCCCUUUCCUUCUCUCACUCAUAGUCCAACUUUAGUUUGUUCUAAAUGUUAUUGGGCAGGUGGGGGAAAUGGGACAGUGAGGCAAACAACGUUUGUCCUUCAAGCUUCCCACACAUGUACAUUAACAAAAUGCGGAUGGUGUGAAUUUCCAAAUAUCAAACUGUGUCAAGAGAGAAGAAACAAGUUGUUUACAUAAUAUGAUGGUAUUAUUAUAAAGCUCGUGUGCUUAGCACUGGUGUACCUUGCUUUGUUCAUUCUCUUUCUAUUGGUAUAUUGUACAUUGCCAGACUCUCUGCUAGUCUCUAACAUUGCCUAGCAUCUGUAGAUAGCAACCCCAGAACAACCAUAUACACACACAUGUUUCUAUUUGCAAAGCAAACACAUGUAAUAUCAUUUAGGUUUAAAGAGUUAGUUUUUUUUCUCUUGGUGUCUGUUUCUACAAGGUUACACACACGUUGAAAUUGGAAAACAAGUUAUGCUUAAUCAUGUGAGCUUUCAUUGCUAUACAUUGAUUUUUUUAUAUUUUCAUAAAUUCAGUCGCCUCUUUACUCUGUACACCUGCCCAUUAAUGCAAAUAUCUAUUCAGCAAUCGUGUGGCACCAACUCAAUGGAUAAAAGCAGGCUGACAUGGUCAAGAGGUCCAGUUGUUUUUCGGACUAAGUAUCAGAAUGGGGAAGAAAAUGCGAUCUAAAUGACUUUGACCAUGGAAUGGUUAUUGGUGCCAGACAGGGAGGUUUGAGUAUCUCAGAAGCUGUUGAUUUCCUGGGAUUUUCACGCACAACAGUCUUUGGAGUUUACAGAGAAUGGUGCAAAAAAACAAAAUGAAACAGUGGGCAGCAGUUCUACGGGUGAAAUGCCUAGUUAAUAAGAGAGGUUGGAGGAGAAUGGACAGACUGGUUCAAGUUGACCAGGAAGGCGACAGUAACUGAAACAACUACACAUUACCACAGUGGUGUGCAGAAGAGCACACAAUACACAAAACAUCAAACCUUGAAGUGGAUGGGCUACAGCAGCAAAAGACCACACUGGGUUCCAUGCCUGUACCUAAUAAAGUGGCCACUGAGUGCAUAUAUAACGUAACUGUUGCUUGAUUAAAACUAAGAUGGGCAAAUGCUGCAGGCUUCAAGUCACAACAAUUGACAGCUCAGUGGAAAUAACUGGAACACAGGAAGUUUGCUCUCUCACUGUCUGCUCUUAAGGGUUAUCCUGUGGAUUCACUUAAUGCUCAUUUUUUUAAACUGUGAACUAUAAAGACGUGGAAACACUGUGCAGACUGUAUCUUGGCUUUAUAUCAUGUUUUAUAAUUUUGUUCAGCAUUAAUCUGAAGGUUUGAUUGGGUUCUUUUAAGUUGAUGCAGUGUUAAUUCAUCCAUCCCUCCAUUUUCAAUUUUUUGUUGCAUUUCAGUUCUAUUAAAGAUGUGCUUGGCAAUAAAACGUUC